AUUAAACUACAAAUCCCAUAAACCCUUGUGGCCAUUACUUCCAGACUUCCUGAUUGUACUGAAUUAUAAGGUAUACUGUAGGUGAGACAGAACAAUGGAACAAAAACCACUUGAUGAGAAGAGCAACUCAUUCUUGUUCAACCAUAAAGGGACGUGCUUUCAGAAAGAUAUCACUACACCUGAAGCAGUGGACGCAAUAGAAUAUAUGGAAAUUAGAGACAGUGAUGUUUUUUUGGUCACCUAUCCAAAAUCUGGAACAAUUUGGACACAAAAUAUCCUCUGUCAGAUACUCAAAGAAAAACAAGGCAAUGUAGAAGACAAUGUUGACAACAUGGCCAAAGCUCCAUGGAUUGAAAGCAAUAUGAACAAAACUGAUUUUGGCAGCUGCCUCUCUCCUCGCCUCUUUACGUCACACCUGCCUUAUUAUCUGAUGCCGAAGGAUCUGAGGAACCAGAGAGGAAAAGUUAUUUAUGUAUCCAGAAAUCCGAAAGAUGUAGUGGUGUCAUAUUAUCACUUCUUCAAACUUUUGGUCAACUUAAAACACAUAACAAUUACUUGGGAAGAAUUCUUUGACCGAUAUAUGUCAGGAAAAGUAGGUGGUGGCUCGUGGUUUGAUCAUGUCAGGGGCUGGAACACCCACAAGGAGGAAUAUAACUGUCUCUUUUUAUCAUAUGAGGCGAUGAUCAAGGAUCUACGAUCUGCUGUUCUGAAAUUAUGCCAAUUUAUGGACGUGAAGCUUGAUGACCAAGCAAUAAACAAAAUUGCGGAGAAAGCAACAUUUAAGAACAUGAAACAAGAUCCACUAGCUAAUUAUACAUUUCUUCCAAAUGAAUUUCUAGACCACAGUAAAGGAGAGUUUCUUCGCAAAGGUAUUAUUGGGGACUGGAAAAACAUAAUGACUGUGGCACAAAGUGAGAAGGUGGAUGAGGUACUUAAAGAGAAGUUGGGAGAUCUGCCAAUCACAUUUAUUUGGGACAUCAAUGAGGAAACUGAAUCGUAGCCAGGCCAUGGCUGCCAAAUGACAAUAAUGAUCAUGAAUAUGUCAAAUGAAUUAAUAUGAGCAUUUUACUGCUAGUUAUCAUAAUAAUAAAUAGAAAUUAAAAAUACUUUAUUAUUACAAGCAAAA